AUGGGGCCCCCGGGCAAUAGGGGAUCAUGGGGCCCCUGUGUCCUUGCCCAAACUCAAAAAAGCCUAUGAAAAAGGUACCAGGGGCAUCUCAUGGGGCCCCCUACUGACCCCGGGCCCUCGGGCAGUGCCGAUUUCAAAUGGUCAGUCUGCCCCUGGUUAGAGCAUCACAAAAUUAUACUGAUUGUCAAACUAAAAUUGUUUGAAGGCUUUCUUUACUAAGCAUUAAUUAGUGAAAGUGUUUUUGUCAGGUCU